AUGAACCUCCAGAAAAAUCCUAUUGCAAUAGUCUCGUCCGCCUGCCGACUUCCUCUAGGCAUAACUAGCCCGUCUCAGCUCUGGGAUGCUUUCUGUAAUUACGGAGAUUCGAGGUCGACCUUCACAUCUCCGGAAUCAGUUCCGGGCUCCCGAAAGUUAGAUAAUUUACCUAGAAUUAGCUCUACAAAGGUUGGGGGAGCUGGCUGGUUGGGUCCAGAAGGAAUUGAGUCUUUCGAUCCAAAUUUCUUCAACAUCUCACCUGCGGAGGCUGAAGUCUUAAGACCGAAUGCACGUCUUGCUUUAGAGCUAACAUGGGAGCUGCUUGAGAGAGCUGGAAUUCCGCCUGCAUCCCUGAGGGAAAGGAAUGUUGCUGUGUCGAUAGGCAUGGGUACCGAAGAUGGUUGGGAUAUUCGGCGUUUUUCGGACGACAAAUUUGACGCAUUUGACCAUCGUUGGGCCGCGAACAGUGACCCAAGUGGAGUUUCCGGCCGUGUUUCCCAUUUCUUUGACUUUCGAGGCCCAACGUCUGUCAUAUCUUCUGCGUGCUCGUCCGGUUCGUUUGCCCUGCGAGAUGGUAUCCAGUCACUUUUAGCUGAGGACUGCGAAUUCGCGAUUGUCGGUGCGGUGACCACGCAUUUCGUCACUGCUCCCUUCGAUUGGGCGGCAUCUGUGAAUGUUGCAUCUAAGAGAGGCCAGUGUGCCGCGUUUUCCGACAAGGCAGAUGGAUACGUACCCUCCGAAGGCGCUGUCUUCUUUCUCCUAAGAAAGCUUGACUUAAUUGGCUCUAGCCCAGUCCUUGGAGUUAUUCGAUCUCUCGCGACAGGACACAACGGAGCAACACGAACUCUCACCACACCAAACGUCUCUGCUGAAUCGGCUCUCAUGCGCCGAUCUCUGCGUGCGGCUGGCUUAUCACCAUCCGAAAUCAAUAUUUUAGAAGCCCACGGCACCGGAACUCGUCUGGGAGACGCGAUAGAAGCAGAAGCAUUUCGUAAUGUGUAUGACACCGACGAGCAACGACAGCAUCCACUCUGGAUUUCUUCAUCAAAAACGCUUUUUGGCCAUUGUCAAGCGGCCUCUAUGUUUGUUGGAAUAUUGAAAGUUCUCGCCUGCUUCGCAAAUAAGGCAAUCUCGCCUCAUCUUGUUGAUCCUCUGCCAGAGUUCAAAGAAGGACAGAUUCUAAUUCCUACGACCAUAAUGUCGUUGCCAGAUGGAACAUCUCUUUCUGCCCAAGUUUGCAGUUUCGGCUUUACGGGUUCCAUUUCCAGUCUCGUCCUUCAGGAGGGCCAUGAUUAUCCAGUAUACCCCCAAGAGAUGACACCAGAUAUUGUUGAUGUUCUACCUUGUAUCCUUCCCUUUUCUGCCAAAACGGCUAGCGCCCUGGACGCUCAAAUUCAGGUAGUAUAUGAUUGGGCAUGUGAAACAGGAUGCCGAUUGUAUGACUUGGGCGCCCUUUUAUCCUUAUGUCGCGAGCACCAUGCGGUCAGAGUUAUUGUCGUUGUAUAUGAUAUCCGCGAGUUACGAAGGCUCUCAUCAACGGGUAAUAGCCAGAUGUUAGAUGAUUCUGUGAACUACAACAUCCCUCGCGAGAAGGCAAUGGCUUUCCUCAACUUCCCAAAUUCGUCGAGCCCAAUUUCGAAGGAGAUUGCGGAAGAGGUAAACGUCCUUCUGGAGAAAGAUCAGGUUCUGCACGCCGCGUGCCUUCUCUACACCAAGGGACACUGGCUCCGUUUUGACGAAAUAUACGAUCUCCGGAACGUGGUGCAUUUGCGUCAAUACCUGCAGACAUUUCCGACGUAUGCCUUUGACAGGAAGCCGUGUUGGCGAAGAAUUCCCGAUUCAUUACGCUUGACGUCUCCAAUAGAAGCACCGGCUGUCGAUAUUCUCGAUGCAAGCGGCACAUCACGGCCUCCCUCAAUGUCUGUCAUAGCAGAACAUAUCGCGUCGGUACUUCGAAUUCCCUUGAAAGAAGUGCCUUAUGAUAUCAAUAUUUAUGACUUGGGGAUCGACUCCUUGAAUAGCAUUGAGCUCUCGAAGACCUUGUCUCAGGAAUUCGGAAUCGCACUUCCGACAGAAGAGCUGUAUUCGCUACUUACCGUCCAAGACAUUUACAGUUUCUUCUCAAAGAGGAUCUUCAACAAUACCCAAGCGUCCGUUUCUGCAUCUAAUAAGCGGUUCUCUCAGGCAGAUGUCGAUGCAUGGAUAGAGAAGUACGGUGCAUCGCUCGCAGCCUCGUCGGCCCAUGCAGUCAAAGAAAACCGAUCGAGCAAAGCAUUAACAGUUCUCUUGACCGGUGCAAACGGAAUGCUUGGUUCUCGACUUCUUCAAGAGCUACUCUUGAGGCCUUCGGUGAUACGGAUAUUUUGUCCGGUUCGCGGAGACGCCUGGGAACGCCUCUUACAAAGCUACGCUGACCAUGGGCGUGACGUCGCGCAACUUCGCAGGGAGAAGGAAGCGGGACGAGUUGUUGUUUUCCCUACAUCGGACCUUGGCGAUGAGCAUCUGGGAUGCAAUGCGGAUGUCUAUCAUGAACUACUUCAGAACGUCGAUACCAUAAUUCACCUUGCCUGGAAGCUUGAUUUCAACGCACCUGUCACCUCAUUCCAGAACUGUAUUGAGGGUACUAGAAACUUGGCAUUAUUAUGUGCAGCUGCGAAGAAGCACGUAGCCUACUAUUUUACCUCGAGCUUCAGCGCAUAUUUUGGUUUCGAGGAUGCCCUUCUUCCGGAACAGCCAUUGAUUGCGAGUUUAGGCUCAUGCUUGGAUCAAGGAUAUGCGCUUUCAAAGCUCAUUGCUGAGCAUGCUCUUUUCUCAAUGUAUCGAUCCUCCGAAGCUGCCUUUAGCUUGCGAGUCGUCCGCAUCGGACAAAUAUGCGGUGAUUCUGUAACAGGAGAUUGGAGCCUAAACGAAAUGAUGCCAAUGAUGAUUAAAGCUUUACCUGUACUUGGUGUCCUUCCACGGAACAUGCCGGACGUCACUUGGAUUCCGUCAGACGUUUGUGCAACUGUGCUUGCAGAGUUUGCAACGUCUCCAAUGACAGGAGGUGAAGCGAAGGUACUCCAUGUGUCAAAUCCUCGAAUCACCCCAUGGCCCACGGUCUCCAAAAUGCUAGCCAAGGUACUACGACUGAAUAACGUCGCGCUCGUUACCUUGCGCGAAUAUGUUGAUAUCAUACGAGCCUUUGCAUCACAUUCCGAGCUCAGGAUUAUCCGUCUCUUGCCAUAUUUCACGAAUGUCGUUAAGCAGGGAGAGCUUCCUUCAAGAUAUGCUCUGUUGGAAGUCAAAGAAAGUCUAGCCCAUAGUACAGCCCUUGCAGCGUGCCCCGCAAUGGAUGAAGAGGUUUUGCAGCGUAUCGUGACAAGGUUGAUGGGAACAGGUCAAAGAUCGCCAGCUCCUCUAGGUCAACUACCAGAAUCUCCAGUGCUUUUAUUCGGGCCUUGGUCAGAAUUUGUUGCAUCUUCAAUCGAUGACAGAGAGGCAAAAGCUCGGAUUCAGAGUAUAGCUUUACAAACAAGAAUUGCAAUUCAGUAUAGUGAACAAGAUACAGCACUUGACUCACAGCUCGCGACCCUUGCCAGUCAAGUCGCAGCAUUUGAACGGCUCAAGAGUCUAUCGGUGCAGCCAAAAGCAGUGUUAGGCUACUGCUUCGGGGAGUACGCAGCAUCCGUUUGCGCUGGGAUACUUUCUCUGGAGACUGCUGUCGAUAUCAUUGUCCGGAGAGCCGUCAUGUUGCGUGAUGUCAAGGGUAGCAUGCUGAAUGUAUUUGCUGAGAUUAAUGCUGUGAAGCGACAGAUGCUGAAGCUGCCGUUCAAUAUGGAGAUCGCCAUUCAUGCAGGCCCAAAACACUACGUGCUUUCUGGUCCACCCGCUCACAUCACGACCGCUCAGACAGCCUUCCACAAUAUGGGCAUUAAGACGAAGAUUAUCGAGACGUCUAUACCAUUCCACUCAGCACUCAUGGACCAGCCUAUGAAGACACUUCAACUACCCGACUUCGACCGCCAUCCCGGGUCGUGUCUGUACGUUUCGGGGCUGACGGGAAGUUCUAUCGGGGGCAAGAGGCUGGGUCCUAAGUAUUGGUUACGCCACAUGAGGGAUCCCGUGCUGUUUGUUGAUGCCGUGCGGCACAUUCGGGAGCACUUUCCUUCAAGUACGCUCAUUGACAUGGGCCCAGGACACAUGCUAUCCUCCAUGAUUUCCAGAUUUAACUGGGAUGGCUGUCGAAUUUUCUCGCUCGAGAAGUUCCUUGCCGGAAAUAUUCCUCGGCUUGUUGAACAACGCAGUAAUUCCGAUUUGGGUCAACGAAAGACAGAGACAGUACCUGAGCCUGCUGUUACCCCACCAACAGCGUCUGCCACAGGGAAGAUGAAUCGUGAAAAGGCGGAAGCUGCCUUUGUUGCUAUCCUUGUGUCCGACUUUGGUUUCAGGCCUGAGGAGUCUCAAAGCUUGUUUUCGAAAUCGUUCGUCAUGCUUGGAUUGCAGUCACUUGAUUUUGUUUCGUUCUCGGAGAAGGUGCUGGCUAGUAUCGGCUUGGUUAUCCCUGCCUCUGCAUUUGUGGCCGACGCGACGCUUUCUGAGAUUUUGACUUCACUUGUAGAUUAAAUUUGAACACG